AUUGUUGGUAAUUCGACGAAUAGUUUGGUCUAUUUCUAUAAUACGUCCGAGGUGACACAUCAUUGCUUGGGUGUUGUCUCUCAUUAAUAAAGUGUUAAAAAUGUUGUCCACAUUUGAUGAUCGAAGACUUUUGAUAGUCUUUAGUUUAUUUUGGCUGCACGUUCACGGUCAGAAUCUGAAUAACACUGUUACAUGGUGUACAGUAUCGGCAGCUGAACAAGACAAAUGCAAUGCAUUUUCAAGAGCCAUCGACCGUGAGAUAGCAUUCUUUGAGCGGGACUACAUAUCAUUGCAAUGUAAACAAGCAUCGAGCAAAGAGGAAUGCGUGGCUAUGCUAGACCAUGAGAAAGCUCAGAUAACUACUUUGGAUCCUGGAGAGAUUUUUAUAGCAGGACGAUAUCACAGUUUAAUACCAAUUAUGCAGGAGAUAUACGAGAGUGGAUUGAACUAUCAGUAUGCAGUUGCAGUAAUUAAGAAAGGAUCUUUACAGGAUGUAAAGAAUUUACACGACUUGAGAGGCAAAAAAGCCUGCUUUGCUGGCCUUGGGAUGCUGGCUGGUUGGGUUAUUCCCAUUCAUGUUCUUAUGAAACAAGGUGGACUGGAAAUUAUUGAUUGCAAUAAUCACGUAAAAUCUGCUAUUACAUAUUUUGGCCCCAGUUGUGCAGUUAACUCAUUAAUAGAUAAAUAUAAUCCAUUGGGCGAUAAUUCUGAUCAAUUGUGCAAGCUGUGCAUUGGCAAGAUACCUGGAGAGAGAUGUACAAGCGCAGAUCCUUAUGCAGGAUAUGAGGGAGCAUUUAGAUGCUUGGUAGAAACAGGAGAGAUUGCGUUCUUAGUGAAUUCGACUGUGGAUGAAAUGAUAUCAACGUCUUUCGACUUCCUCAAUGUGACGAAGCAUCAGUUCGAGUUGCUUUGUACGGACGGCAGUCGGAAGAGCAUCGACGAAUUCAAGAAUUGUAACUGGGGAACGGUACCGUCGCGCGCUAUAGUUAUAUCAUCCGCCACGAAAAUCGAGACACGCCGACUGUAUCAGCGAUUUUUGGAAAGAGCAGUUCGGAUAUUGAACAAAGACGUCGUCCAGAACUCGACCGAUUUUUACGACAAUCGUUUCGAGAACAGACCGGGCUACAAUACUAACAAUAGCAACGGCUACAACAGAGGUUACAACGGUAAUGAAUGGGACAAAACGGAAUCAACGAAUAUACAACCGAUAGAGACGUUCAACCUGUUCGAAUCGGCACCGAAAUACGGACUGCGUCACAACUUAAUGUUUUCGGACUCUGCUCGAGACUUCGUUCAAUUACCGGAGAAGGAUCAAACUUACAGCGGAUAUUUGGGUAGAUCGCUGGACCCCAUACUAGAAGUUCGUCGCUGUCCCGUCAAUAAAAUGACCCUGUGCGUUACGUCCGACCCGGAAAUGGAGAAGUGUGUGAAAAUGAAGAUAGCGUUAAAGGCGCAACUACUGAAGCCUGAAUUAAACUGUUACAAGGGCCACAGUCAAAUUCAAUGCAUGCAGGCAAUACAAAGCGGGAACGCGGAUGUAUCCGUGUUGGACACCGGCGACGUGUACACCGCUGGACAACGUUUUAAUUUAAUCCCGUUCAUCUCCGAGGUCUACAACCUGCCCACGCCGGAGUACUAUAUAGUUGCGGUGGCGAAGGAAGAGGACGACAACACGGAUUUGACCUACUUGAAGAACAAAUACACUUGUCACACCGGGAUAAACACGGCCGCGGGCUGGGUUUAUCCUCUCGCGUAUCUUAUCUCCAAUACCUUGAUCAGGGGCUACGGUUGCGACUCCGUGCAAGCUGCCGCCGAAUAUUUCAGCAAAUCUUGCGUGCCAGGUGCCCUCAGUACCGAAUACAAUACAGGCGUGCCUUACGACAAUAUGUGCGAUCUGUGUCACGGAGCGAGCUUCCGCUACUGCCGCAGGGACGCUUCCGAGGACUACUUCGGCUACACCGGUGCCUUCAGGUGUCUGGUGGAAGGUGGCGGAGACGUGGCCUUCGUGAAACACACGACGGUCGCCGAGAACACCGACGGGAAGCGGAGGGAGACAUGGGCGCGCAACACCUUCCGCAAGGACUUCGAGCUGCUUUGUCCCGACGGUACUCGACGGCCCACCACCGAUUACAUACACUGCAACCUCGGGAAAGUCUCGUCGAACGCGAUAGUCACCCGCGGAGGAUAUUACGGAUACAACGAGACACAGAUAAACGCCUACAUCAAUUUGUUCAUUUACGCUCAGCAGUUCUAUGGCAGGAAAGAGCAGGACGAGUUCAGCUUCAGCAUGUUCUUCAGCGAGCCUCCUUACAGCGACCUGAUCUUCCAAGACGCCACGCAACAGUUGGUGGUCGUCCCACCCGAGAAAAGAAAGUUCAGCGCCUAUCUGGGCAGCGACUUCAUGCGAGCUCGAAGAAUCGUCGAUUGCAACGGCUGCAUAGAGCAGUCGAUAUUAGCCACGAUGGCUAUGAUUCUGCUGACUUGUGUGUUCGAUAGAUCAAAUUUCAUCAGCCUCUCUUAUUAGAACGUGUUUCCGUUCUUCGUGGUAUGUUACAGAAAAAGACACAUUAGUAUGCCACUACGUUAUCUAAGUCAUAGUUUUAUAAUCUUUGUUGCGGUCAAGUGGCCAGGAUUUAUGGCAGGGGCCA